AUGGAUGCCAUAAAUGCAGGCAAAACGUCAGGAGAAAAUGCUUCUAGAACAUGGCCAUUUAGCCUCAUAACCUCAGAGGAUGCUUGCCAUAGAUGCAGGUGAAACGUCAGGAGAGAAUGCUUCUAGAACAUGGCCAUUUAGCCCGAAAAACCUACAACAACCCAAAUCAGUUGUGUUUUCAGAGUUUUGCUUUGAACUACAAAACUAUUGUGUUUCUCUUACCUAGCUCAGAAUCGGUGAUACCUUUGUUGGGGUGAGGUUCUAGGAGGUAAAAAGGCACUUUUAUACCUGGAUCAUGGGACUGUGAAAAGAGGAGACAACAAGAAUAAUGUUCCACUGAUUUGCUGGACAGAUACAAACAGGAACAUUACAUUUUGCAAAGGAAAAACUACUGUAUCUUAAGGCAUCGGUGUUCACUUAUGGGGAAGCUGUGUCAAGCUGUGACGUUUGAAUUUCGGACUGCAAAAUACUGUUCUAGCUCUACAAAUACAUAUUUGGGGGGAUGCGAGUCUUGAAAAAUUGGCUUUGCAUUACAGAACACCCAAAUUAUUGUUAAUGUAACUUGGCCUGCUUCAAGAAUGGCAUCUUUAUAUUCAAAAAUAAUAUACUGUGUGUAAAAAAUAUUUUGCGUCCUAGGCUGAUGCCUAACUGAAAAAUAAAAAGUUUGUUAUGAAACUGGGUUGUUGUGAGUUUUCCAGGCUGUAUGGCCAUGUUCCCGAAGCAUUCUCUCCUGACGUUUCACCCACAUCUAUGGCAGGCAUCUUCAGAGGUUGUGAGCUCUGUUGGAAACUAGGCAAGUGGGAUUUAUAUAUCUCUGGAAUAUCCAGGGUGGGAGAAAGAACUCUUGUCUAUUUGAGGCAAGUGUAAAUGCUGCAAUCCAUCACCUUGAUUAGCAUUGAAUAGCUUUGUAGCUUCAAGGCUUGGCUGCUUCCUGACGGGAACCCUUUAUUGGGAGGUGAUUAGCUGGCCCUGAUUGUUUUUUGCCUGAAUUCCUCUGGUUUUUUUUAGUGUUCUUUCUUAACUCUCCUGAUUUUAGAGUUGCAUUUUCUGGGUCCCAUUGCAGUAAUCUGGCCCCAAAAUGAGACCAGGACAACUACCAGGCUUGCGAUAUGAAGGAAGACAUUCCUGGCAACACACAAAAAAGCAAACACAACGACUGUUAAUUAUUGAGGAAAGAAAGUGGGGGUCAUCACAACAUGAUGAAUUGUAUUAAGGGGUUGUGGCAUGAGGAAGGUUGAGAAACACUGACUUAGAGGAAGCAUAGCUGCAAUUCAAUGGAAAGUUAUGCUGUCAAUUGAAAAGUUUCCCCAUCUAUGACAUUUUUUCCCAGGCAAUUGGAAGGUAGGCAGACCUACAGGCCACAUAAAAACUCCUUUGGAUCUCAGGAGUGCUGUGUUCUGCAUUGCUCCCAUCCCUUUUCAAAAGCGAGUUACACGGAAGCAAACUCUGCCCAUUACUGUCAUUACUCCAGGGCUCUGAUCUAUUAGUUGCCAAGUGACUGCCUUUGUUCAAGGGGCAAAUUGUCCCAAGGAAUAAUUAAUCCAAGCCCAGGCUUGCUCGAUUACUUCCUUGUUCCUUGUUCCCUAAACUGAAAGGAAGAAAGUGCAGAGAGGAAGAAAUGUACCUGUAACCUGCAGCCAUGGAUGACAACUGGACGGACCGUUUGGGGAGGCGUGACGAUGAAAGAGAGCCAGCUUGGAGUGGCCGAGGACCCCCAUCUCUAUUUCUCCAGCUGCCAAGCAACCAGACACUACGUUUACGGGGCAACAAGGCAGUGGAUUGGGGAGCAGCUUGGGAAGAGGCCUCGGAGCCUACCAUUGAUCCCCAAGAACUGAUCCCAGAAUUUGUGUCAGGAGAGGAAGAGGAAGACAGCAAGCCCCUGAAAGAGCUGCUCCUCCCGCUUGCGGAGAAACGAAAACUCAGAGCUCUGCAAGAACAGGCAGCCAAAAGGCUCACUGGUUGGGAUCUAUGGCGUGUGGGGAAACGGCGGACACUACGUCGUCUGAAGAACCAAGCAGGGAAUGCCUUCUCAUAUGUAAAGAUGUGGCGGAGCUCCCUGCACCACAUUGGAGGCCAUUUUGGAACAGGGAUCCAGUCCUACUUUAACUUCCUGCGCUUCUUGGUUCUGAUGAAUUUCGUGGCUUCUCUGCUGGUGGUGGGAUUCGUGGUCGCUCCCAACGCAGCGUUCGAGAGUUUGCACCUCAAUUGGACAAGUCAACACAACAGCAGUUUGGUGAAUGCAUCUUGUCUGCACUACAAUCCUGCCCCACAAGGCUUGGUCAGCUACUUUUCCUACAUCAUGAAUCUUCUGUCAGGUCAGGGGUUCAUGGAGCUCACCUACCUGUUCUACGGCUACUACCAAAAUUCAGCAGUUGAUUUUGUGGGCUUCUCAUACAACGUCCCUCUUGCAUAUCUGCUCACAGUUUUCUUCUACCUCCUCUUCUGCCUGGCGUGGAUUGUCCGGAGGUCAGUCUACUGUCUCAAACGCAGCCUGGUCAGCGAAGAUGCUUCCUUUGGAUCGUAUAGUGAUAAAGUCUUUGCUGGCUGGGAUUUUGGCCUGAUGCAAGAGAAGAUGGUGAAGUUAAGGCACAAGAGUAUUCGCUAUGAACUGAAGAUGGAUUUAGAGGAGGCAGCGCUUCGCAAGCGCCAGGCAGAACAAACCACAUCACAGCGAGUCUGUCUUUACGCUCUCAGAGGCCUGGUCAACAUCAUUGUGUUGGGACUAUUGGGAGCAUCGUUUUACUGUAUCUACCGGGCAACAGACUAUUCUCAGUGGUUGCUGGGACAGGCAGACUCCCCAGUCAAAGGCCAGUUCUUCCUGGAACUUCUGGUGGCUUAUCUCCCUUCGGUUGUCAUUACUCUCGCAAACCUCAUUGUCCCGAUCAUCUCCGAGAGCAUUGUUCGACUCGAGAAAUACCCUCUCAGCUUUGAAAUCAAAAUAACACUCCUCAGGAAUGUCUUCCUUCGUAUCGCAAGCCUGGUGGUUGUCCUGGUCUCACUUUGGGGCCAGAUUACCUGUAAUGGGGACCCAGAAAAUGCAGAUUGUCAGAACUGUGGCUACAAUAACAAGUUGUACCCAUGCUGGGAGACCGCUGUGGGGCAGGAAAUGUACAAGCUGAUGAUCUUCGACUUGCUCAUCAUGCUGCUUGUUGUGAUGUUUGUAGAAUUCCCAAGAAAGAUGCUGGUGACUUUCCUGCCCUCCUGCCCGUUGCUGAAACUUUGGGGGCAGCAGGAGUUCAUGGUGCCCUCCAAUGUGCUGGACCUGGUCUAUGGGCAAACCUUGUGCUGGACAGGGGCUCUUUUCUGCCCCCUUCUGCCUGUGCUCAACACUAUCAAAUAUAUUGCUGUCUUCUACCUGAAAAAGCUCACCCUCUUUUCCAACUGCCGUCCCGCUGACCGGACCUUCCGUGCCUCCAGCUCCAACUUCUUCUUUCUCUUGGUUUUACUCUUGGGCCUGAUAAUCUCCUGCGUUCCUGCCUUAUACAGCAUGUUUGUAAUACAUCCUUCAGAAGCAUGUGGUCCAUUCCGGGGUGAGCCCGCCAUGUGGAACACCGUCAGCAGCGCCAUAUCAGAACUGCCCAAAAUGGCCAGGAACUUCUUCGGAUUUGUGGGCUCUCUGGCUUUCGCUGUCCCUUUGUUUCUGCUACUGAGUAUCCUCAUGUUCUACCUCAAGGCACUGGCUGACUCCUACAGCUCUUUGGUUAAAGGCCUUAAGGGACAACUCCGUCUGGAAGGCCAAGACAAACUCUUCCUGGUGAAACAGAUCUCUGAGAUGAGCCACUGAAGCAGAAGAUGAUAGAACAACAUGCACUUAUUUCUUCUGGUGGAUAGGUGUUUAAUUAUACAGCUCCUAACCAUCAGUUCAUUUCCUUGAUACUCAAAGAGUGUUUUAAUAUUGGUAGCCAGAUUUUGUUCAUUUUCAUGGUUUCCUCCUUUCUGUUGAAAUUGUCCACAUGCUUGUGGAUUACAAUGGCUUCUCUGUGUAGUCUGACAUGGUGGUUGUACUCUUAAAUAAAGAACAACACUCAGAAAACAGUGGAAUUCCAGACAGGAAUCAAUCAGGGCCAAUUAAUACCUCCCAACAAAGGAUUCCCCCAACAUGAAGCAGCCAGUCUUUAAAGCUGCAAGGCCAUUCAGUGCUAAUCAAGGUGGCCAAUUGCAACAUUCACACUUGCUUCAAGCAGACAAGAGUUCUUUCUUCCACCCUGGACAUUCCACAGAUAUAUAAACCCCACUUGCCUUGCUUCCAACAAACCUCACAA